GCCAGUGCGCUCUGAGCCGUCGUCCGAAGCAGUGUUCUCACCGCCGUCUCUUGCUCGUUGUGUGGAGUUCGUAUUCCAUGACUUUACAGACGUAGUAAACUGAGUGACUCUCAUACACUUUGCGUACAAAUAUCUCUUUGAUAACUGUAAUCAUCAGGAAAAUCGUCCAACUCGUGAGAAUAAUAUGAUUAAAUUAUGUAGGUUUAAUUGACUAAUAAGAAAUCUGUAGUCGAAACUGGUAAUUUUGAAGACUGGAAAUAAAAUAAAAUGCAGAAUUAAGGAGAAGGCAGAUGAAAUUUAGCCGAGUCCGAAGCAUUAUUUAGUGCCACAAUAAAUCAAUCAACAAAGAUCGGUGAAACGACUUCCUAGUAAGGCUUCUUCCUUUUCCAUUACGUUGAGGACAGUCUCUCCGACGAGUGGAAGUAUUUCAAAAUCUCUGUAUAUAAAAUGCAAAUAUGAUUUAGGAACUUUUUAAGAUGCCUGUAUAAGCUUUUGUUAUAUAUUCAAGAGUUCUGAAUGGAGAAGAAUAAAGUUUUGAACAGUGUCGUGUUAGGAGAGGCAGCUCUAAUCUGAGAGGGAUAUCGUUCAGAGCGUUUUAAAAUAGCUUGUCUCUCUUAUACUUCAAAAAUUGCUCAACGCAAAAAUAUAAAUUCAUCGCUAAUGUUAUGAAUUGUACAGACAACUCUGUUGUGAUCGUUCCGACAUCAACCAACCGAAGAGAAUAUGGAAGCGAAUCAGCGUUGAAUUAUUGAAAUUUUAAUAUUACUGAGUUAUAGAAAAUAUUCGUUGUUAAAUUGUGACGACUGAUGUGAAAAUGGAUGAGAGACAGAGAAAAUAAAGCUUCGUAGGAUUUUAUUUGAGUAAAUACGGAUUUAAGACGUUAAAAUUACAACUUUAUCAGAGAGAGUGAAGAAAAAGCUAAGUAUGGUUUUCUCCUGAUAACAUUAUCAUGAUUUAUAAAAAUGGAAAUGUAUGGAAAUCAUAAAAAGUAAAGCUAACCGAGCUAACCCGUUUGGGAAAGGUAUAAACCCCAGUGGAAAAUUUAGAUACUGAUUGAAAUUUUCAUAGAACACGCAAACAACUAAAAUGACGAAAAACGAAAAUAUUCCUUGAAUAAAAAAACGAAGUUUAAUGUGAUAAACGAAAAUAUUUGAAAACUAAAAGCCUAAUCUAGUUAAAACAAACCACAGGAAUGAUCACUUUAAAUAAAGUACAAAAGCUAAAGUAUAGCUAUCAAUGAAAGCAACAGAAAAAGAUAAGAAUUAAGAACCAGAGCAGUCAAAUAAAAAAGAUAACUAAGCAUUAAAACAGUCUUGAAAGUCAGUAAACGGAUUCCGAUCGUACCCCGAUGCAACUGGUGUGAGAGGUCCACGUCUUUGGCAGCCAAUUGCCUCUCGAAACCUUGGUCCACUCUCUUACCUCCCAAAUACAACCCAGGUGGUCAUUCUCCACCCAACCCCCUCACCCCCUAAACACACCUAUCUCCACUUCACAAUGGCUAUUCUGAAUUCGUGUUGCUGCUGUCGGUCGGUCAGGAGGGGGAGCUACGCCUGUGCUAUCUAUUCUUUGGUAUAUUACUUGAUCCUGGCUGUGACUUUGUGGCAGUAUCCCCAGACCCAGAAUAAUGAGAAAGAGGAAGAAGAACACGAGAGUGUCCUCAUGGACCGAGAACAAUAUCAUCACCAUUUCUCUGUCAUUGAUUACCUCAAAAAGGUGAUGCUCACGCUAUCUGUGGCAGGACCUCUCACCUGUGUUCUCCUCUUUAUCGGAUUAUGCUACGACAUCAAGAACCUGCUUCUCCCGUGGUUGGUGGAUGCUGUGUUGAUCAUCUUGCUCGACCUCGUAUUCGUAGCCUACAUCGUCUACCAAGAACGCAGGAAUAUGAAUCCGGUUGUGGCUCUCAUGUUCACCAUCGAUUUCUUUUUCCUCGCCUUGAACAUUUACACCGUUCUCUGCGUGGUGUCUCAGUACCAAGAAUACCUGGACGGGCGAGGGAGGGCCAGUGACGAUGGGUCGAGAUCGCCACCGACGAUCCGUUAUUGCCGACAGUCGACCAUGAAUAGCGGACUGGAGAGCACCAGGCGGACGGUGACAUUCUUGGAACACGGAGUUCUGAUCAAUGGGCUCUCAACCAGCUCUCACGUCAGGAGGACUCCGUCUAUUGUCCACAAGGAAGAGCUCACCAUCGACAACAACACAACCCACAACGGGAACAGCGCCCUGACGACGCCCGACCCAGAAGAACCCAAAGUGACGAAAUCCCACAAGAAGCACGUUCAGUUUCCAUAGAAGAAUAAUGAUCGUCCGAUGGAGAGACGUCAGCUGUCAUUAUCGUGAGGGAUGUUGAGGUCGUCACUUUGGUGGCGGCUAGCUGUACUCUGACCUCGUCAGCGACCCUUCAGAGACCCUUGGAAAGCAACCGUCCCUGCCCUGCUUUGGUAGAGAUACCAGGAAAGGCAGCUGAAUUUCCAGUCACCCAUUGUCAAAAUGACCAGGUGAAAUGCCUCUCAUUCAUUUAGAAUGCCCUGGGGAAGGUAAAAGGUUCAGACUUCUGACUGGACCGAUUUCCUUUGGAAAAGUUGAAUGUCCUGCGUGGGGCAAAGAGACAAGUAGAGAAAAAUAGACUUCCAGUCUCUUUCCCCAACGACUGAUUUUCUGCCUCCCUUCCCCCAAAGCGACGGUGUCAAGAUUCUCACCAGACUAGAGACCCCUGACGAAGUAUAUGGGUUCUGGCUAAUCCACCUUCGUUUUGCAACCAUAACGGUUUGGAGGUAACUCAGGCGUAACUAGGAGGAGCAAAUGCCCUUACCUCGCAAAGAGCAAGAACGCCAUCAACGACUGACAGAUAUCCUGUCGUCCUGUCUAAAGAGACCCAGAAACCAAGUGUUUCAUCAAAUUAAUCACCGCCUAAGUUCAACGUGGUUUUGAAACUCGAUCAGUUGGUAGUGAUUGAAGAAGAACGGGGAAAAACAAGCGCCUAUGCCCUGCAAGGUUGAGUAAUUCCUGUCUCUCCGGAAUCUGUCGAAAUGAAUAGUUACUGACUGGUCCAACUUCGUUAGGAAACCUCGGUGAUUCCAGCAGUGAUUUGUAUUAUCUUGGUCUAGGGAAUUAAGGCCUAGACUAUAUAUGAAGUUCGUCACGAAUAUUUCACAUGGAUCGUUUUAUAUGCUUUCAAAUGCUAAGCUUCAAAUUGCCCAUUUGUAUACAUUUCGAUGAUUCUUGGAGUAGUGGCCACUGGAAAACUUUUGAUAAUACAAGUUACUCUCCUUAUGUAGAUUUCGUCACAUUUUAUUCGAAAGAUUACUAGAAACAUAAGUAGGAAUAAUAUAAAAAUACUCACGAGAGUAUUCAGGAUACGGCUUAUAUUAAGCACAAAAAUACAAGUUCUUGCAAUGGACGGAAUUUCAUCGAGUCAUUUGCACACCAGUUGUGAACGUAAGUGAAGUCUUCAAAAAUUCAAAAUAUAAAAUUUACUUCUGCCUGUGGUGAUUUCAUAACCAGAACUCACGAGGAAACCUAAACUUCGGAGUUUCCCUUCGAGUUUCACUCUAAGAGUUCCAUACGAUGGUCUUCGGAAAAGUUUGCUUAACCUUCCACACUGUUCCCUCUAAUUCGAGACCAGUAUUACACUGUAAGAGAUUAGAUGAGCAAUUAAGUCACGAAUGACGGAGAUGCAGUUGAAGCUGCUGCAGAACAGCGGAAUAUUUUUCAGGAUAACCGGAUGCGCUGAAAACCAAGUCAAUUUCGAAACAAAGGAAGACAUUUCAAACACAUUAACUCAAAAUAACAGAAGCCAGUUUCUAAAUGUUCUAAAUACAUUUUAUAUAAAUCAAGUCCACAUAACGCUUCAGUGUUUCAUUAAUGAACGUGCCAAAAGCAGGGACUGGAAGUGCCUAUUGCCUCAACAGUAAUCAACACAGACGAAGAAAUUAUUUUCAGUGCGUAGGGAUACAUUUUAAACGUUGUCCCUCGAGGUAAAAAGAUACCGACAUCACUUUCCUUCAAUACCCAUCCGAUUAAAAAAAAAUGGUGUUACAUUACAAAAACACAAAGAGAGAAUAGGAAAGAUUGGUAACUGACGUUUCUUCACCUGCGAUGACAACCCUUAACCCUUAAACGCCGGAGCGGUAAAUAAAAAAAUGACUCCCGUGUGCCGGAGGGGUUUGAAAGUGAGCGCGUAAGCGGAAAAAAUAUUUUUUUCAAAAAAUCACAGCGCGCUUAGUUUUCAAGAUUAAGAGUUCAUUUUUGGCUCCUGUUUUUGUCAUUGCUUGAAAUUUAGUAUGCAACCAUCAGAAAUGAAAAAAAUUAUCAUUAUCAUAUAUAAAUAAUGCGAUAUAUGAUAGCGCAAAAACGAAAUUUCAUAUAUAAUUGUAUUCAAAUCGCGCUGUGCGCCAAACGGUUAGAGGUAACAAGUUACUUUUUUUUUCGUUGUAAUGUGCACUAAAUUUCAAUCAUUUUGAUAUAUAACACAUUGUAAAACAAUAAAAGCAACACAGAGAAAAUAUUAUCACAAAAUGAUGCAUGAAUUCGUAGGGCGCGGAUGUAAAAAAAUAAUUUUUUUAAAAAUUCACCAUAAAUCGAAAUAUUGUUAUAGGGACUUGCAAUUUGUUUCAAAAUGAAGGAAAAUGAUUGAAUAUUACGAUACUGUAAGAGUUUUAGCUUACAAAUGCAGUUUUUGACCAUUU